UUCUGUCUCUGUCCUCUCCGGAGGGUGUUUGUAUUCAUCUGGUCUGUCCUUCUUGUGCUCCAACAUGAGCCACUAUGCCUCUUCCUCAUCCUCUUCAUCAUACCGUCGAAUGUUUGGUGGUCCUGGCUACCUGACACCACCAAUGUCCCGUGCAAUGUUCUGCCGAGCCUCCACCAGGGGGUCUGGCAGCUCUCGGGUCAGCUCCAGAGUCUACGAGGUCAGCAAGUCCUCCACUUCCUCUCCUGGAUUCUCCAGUCAUCGAGCCUCCUACAGUAUGCCCAACUUGUCUGCGGGCUAUACCCGCUCCUAUGGUGGCAUGGGUGAAACGCUGGACUUCAACCUGGCCGACGCGCUCAACCAGGAGUUUCUCCAAACACGCACCAAUGAGAAAGCUGAACUUCAGCACCUAAACGACCGAUUCGCCAACUACAUUGAGAAGGUCCGCAUGCUGGAGCAGCAGAACCAGGCGCUGGUGAUUGAGGUGGAGCGCUUGAGGGGGCGGGAGCCCACAUGGAUCGCCGACCUGUAUGAGGAUGAGAUGAGGGAGCUGAGAAGAGAGAUCGAAGUCGUCACCAGUCACAGAUCACAUGUGGAGGUGGAGCGGGAUAACUUGGCAGAUGACCUGCAGAAACUGAAACUCAGGCUUCAGGAGGAGAUUGCACUGAGGGAAGAGGCAGAGAAUAAUCUGGCCGCUUUCAGAGCGGACGUGGAUGCUGCCACUUUGGCCCGCCUGGAUCUGGAAAGACGUAUAGAGACUCUCCAAGAAGAGAUUGCCUUCCUCAAGAAGAUCCAUGAGGAGGAAAUUCGUGAGUUGCAGGCCCAGAUGCAAGAGACUCAAGUCCAAAUCCAGAUGGACAUGUCCAAACCGGACCUGACUGCUGCCCUGAGGGACAUCCGUGCUCAGUAUGAGGGCAUCGCUGCAAAGAACAUCGCAGAGGCUGAGGAUUGGUACAAGUCAAAGGUGUCAGAUCUUAACCAGGCAGUGAGCAAGAACAACGAGGCUCUCAAACAAUCCAAGCUGGAGACCAUGGAGUACAGACACCAGAUUCAGUCCUACACCUGUGAGAUCGACUCUCUCAAGGGCACCAACGAGUCUCUCAUGAGGCAGAUGAGAGAUAUGGAGGAUCGCCACGGUCGUGAGGCUGGUGCUUUCCAGGACAACAUCGCCAGGCUGGAGGCAGAGAUCGCCAACAUGAAGGAUGAAAUGGCGCGUCACCUGCGAGAAUAUCAGGACCUGCUCAAUGUUAAGAUGGCCCUGGAUGUGGAGAUCGCCACCUACAGGAAACUGCUGGAAGGAGAGGAGAGCAGGAUUGUGAUACCCAUGCAGUCAUAUUCCACUAUAAGCUUUAGAGAGACGAGUCCAGAGCACCAACAGAGAGCAUCUGAAAUGCACUCAAAGAAAACGGUCCUGAUCAAGACCAUUGAGAUGCAUGAUGGGGAGGUGUGAUAUGUGUACCCACACACACACACACACACACACACACACACUUCAGUUCAUCCCAGUGCUGUCUUCUUUCAUU